GAAGAUGAAGAAUGUCUCAGCUCGCGCGUCUCACGUGACGUUAAACCGUUACGCACAUACGUCACAGAUCAGGAAGAGCGGUUUCUUGACGACAGGACUAUAUCAUCCAAAUAAGCAGAUAGCGCAAGAGAAGCUCUUUCAUCCUUUCCCCAUCAUCGCUCGACCGAGUGUUCUACUUUCUUUAUACUUUCUCUCAUCAAGUCAAAAAGCUGUGGCAAACAUGUCCUACGGCAAAGCAGAGAGCUACCGGCCGGUCCCACGGGAUUUCAACAGCCUCAUCCAGACAUGUAGCUCCAACAUCCAGAAGAUCACACAAAACACUGCUCAGAUCAAGAGCCUGGUGAACCAGCUUGGGACCAGCCAGGACACCAGUGAACUCCAAGACCGCCUGCAGCAGAUACAACACUAUACCAACCAACUGGCAAAGGAAACCAACAAGCACCUGAAAGAGUUGGGCUCCACCCCUUUGCCCACUUCACCCUCAGAGCAAAGGCAGCAGAAGAUCCAGAGGGAGCGGCUCAUGAACGAUUUCUCAGCAGCUCUCAACAACUUCCAAGUGGUGCAGCGGCGCGCGGCCGAGAAGGAGAAGGAGUCGGUGGCCAGAGCCCGAGCUGGAUCCCGCUUGUCGGCUGACGACAUCCCGCAGGAUGAAAAGCUGGUUUCUUUUGACAACCAGGAGGACUGGGGUCAGAUGACCACCCAGACAGAGGAGGGGGCCAUCACAGAGGAGGACCUGGAGCUCAUCAAGGAGAGAGAAACCAACAUCAGACAGCUGGAGUCCGACAUUUUGGAUGUAAACCAGAUCUUCAAAGACCUUGCAGUGAUGAUCCACGAUCAAGGAGAGAUGAUUGACAGCAUUGAGGCGAACGUGGAGAAUGCUGAAGUUCAUGUAGAACGAGGAACAGAGCAGCUCCAGAGAGCCGCCUACUACCAACAAAAGUCCCGGAAGAAGAUGUGCGUCCUUGCUAUGGUUUGUUCCAUUGUGCUGGUGAUACUUGGCAUCAUCAUCUGGCAAGCUGCUGCUAGCAAGUGAGGCGGCGCCACACAACCGAUGUGUCAGAACCGUUUGACUCUACCCCUCCCAACUCCAGUACCUGCUUGGAAUCACCACAAAAGGCUCCGCCACGGUCAGCACAUGAAGUGGAUGGUCACAUUUAGACUCUUUUUGUAAAAUCCUAUUUAAAGUCCGAUGGGCUUAUGUCUUGUCUUGUUUACUGUACUAACACUAGUUGUAAAGUAUUUCAAAAUGAAAACACGAUUUUGCGAACGAUUUCAGCAAAAAAAAGAAACACUCGACUUGUUAAUGUAAUCGAUUUCAUAGCCUUGAGGAGCCUAUGAAGUGGCAUCUUGUGAUGUUGAGUGUGAGGAGGGUCUGCGCUCCCAGUAACGUCCCCUGGGACUCGUAUUAAUCCUGCUGCUGAUGGCAGUCGUGUUUGUAAUGUACAUGUUGUAAAAUGAAAGCUCUAAUCCAUGUCUGUAAAUAUUACAAAGUGCUUCAAUAUAUUCUGCUAAGUACAUUAUACAAGUAAUCAGAGUCCAGUCUACAAAGAAAACAUUUUUAAAUUAAUUUCUAUGAGUCUAAUAAAUGUCUUAAACACUUGA